GAGUGCACGUCAAUUAUCAUUGUUUGUUAGUACGUAACGCACAGGCAAGGCGUAUCUUAUAAAGCGAGCGAAGGAGAUGACCUGCUCCGACUACCUGCUUACCCACGUGCACUUAUAUAAUGUACUGGCUAAAAAUAUGAUACCAGCGAUAAAUGAAAAAUACGCCACCGCGACAGUGUCGUUGGUGCGUUGGAGCAGUGACAGCGCAACGAGUGAGAAGCUUAUCAAAAUAAAGGCAGAACGAAUCUCUCUACCCGGCCGCAUUCGUAUUUACGCGGGUCAUCUCCGUCACCCGAAUCGUCGACAUCGUCGGCGCGUCCCCAGGUGGCGUGCCACUUGGAUCGAACUUCGUACCGCCGUUAACAUCGUUAACUCUCGAACGACCUCCUCCGCUGUUUUCUCCUGCCUCCUCACCGUCCCUUGCAUCCAGUAUUCGCUGCAAUCGCUGAGCGUCGAGCAAACAACGUCGAGCGACGCGGUGUGCGUGCGUUGCGUACAUAAUUUCGUAUUCCGCGUCGAUUCUCGUUCGACUCGCCUCGAUUCCGCUCGCGCGCGCGCGCGCGUGCGCAUCCCGCCACGCGUACUGCAGUUUUCGCGGAGUCGAAGAGCAGAAGAGUCGGCCGCACCGGAGCUAGAUCCGCUCCGGAGGAAUUUCGUGCGGCGAUGAGCGACGCGAGAUAGAGGAAAACGUAGACGAAGGGGAAAAAGCGGACGCUGAUUAAUCAGCGAGUGAUAAACGAAAGAGAAAGAGAGAGAGAGAGAGA